AUGAAGACUUGUCUAGAAAAACGGGCGUAUGCGUGUUUUGUUGGGAAAAGGCACCUAGAGACAGCUUUAGACGAAUUUAAGGAUGAAGCUGUAUUCAAGGUUACUUGGAAGCCUUUUUUCCUGAACCCAUCAACACCAGAUGAAGGUAUUCCAUUUCUUGAAUACAUUAGUAGCAAAUAUGGACCUGAUACAGCCAAGAGAGUUUCAGCUGGAAAAAGCCCUCUUUAUGAUGAUAGCAAGAAACUGGGAAUCACCUUCAAAAUAGAUCGUCUGGUGGUCAACACAAUGAAGUCCCAUUGCUUAAUGGAAUUUGCAAAGUCCACCAAUAAGCAGAAUGAUGUUGCAGAGGCUCUUUUCCAUGCAUUAUUUGAAGAGGGAAAGGAUGUAAAUUCAGAUGAAAUCUUGUCAGAAAUUGGGCAAAAACUAGGUUUUGAUGCUGACCAAAUGAUCAAAUCAUUUCAUGAUUCCAAUCUACGUGGAUCAAUUAAGAAAGAAGCCGAAACAGCUCAUCACAGAGGAAUAACUGGAGUUCCUCACUUUGAUAUUUAUGUCACUGGUUUAAAUGAUACAAGACCUUUGUCUUUUUCUGGUGCCCAGGGGCCUGAUGUGUUUCUUAGUGCCUUCAGUAGGUUAUUGAAUGCAUUAAAAUCUAAAGCAUAAACACUAAAAUGCUAGAACGCUGUGCUGCACAUUAAAAGUUUUUAAACAAAUUCCUGAAAUAUCUUUGUCCUUCUGUUUGCUGUUAAAAGUUUUAAUCUUGAAAUGCAUCAAAAUUCAAGCAUAAGCAUUAAAAUACCAAAACUUCUUGCUGCACAUCAAAGGAAUUUCCUUAACUAUCUUUGACCCCCUUCCCCCCUUAUCUGUUGUCCAAAGAUCUUAAACAUUUUUUCCCGGCAGCAAUAGCAAUAAACCUUUUAUACAGACCAGUUAACUAUAAUUGCAUGUGUAAUGAUCAGUUUGUUGUAAACUUUUUCUAUUUCUUCAGAAACUGGAUUCUAGGUCAAAUCAGGAAUUAUACCUUAUAAGCUUAACCUUGUCACCCCGUUGCUUAUGAAGACUUUUAUGAAAUGCUCAUUGUUGUGUAAAAGUCUGAUCUAUUUGAGCAAUGAUGUGAUGUUUUUUACAUGCAUUUUUCACACGCAUAGGUAGCUGAAUCUUUUGCAGUAGCUGAUACUUCCAAUGAUUGACUUAAACUACUACUUUUGAAGUCUACUGUUUAAAAAUGAAUGCAGUAGGCUGAAUUAUUAUUGUAGUUAGAUUGGUCACAAAUCAAUGCUUAAACUUUA